AUGGAUGACAAAAAUAUCGAAUCUCUAAGAAAAUAUUCAUUAGAAGAUUGGAUUCAACUUAGCGCAUUAAAAGAAUUUUUGCUGAAUUCGGAAAUCAAUGACAUCAGAAUCCCAGCUUCUAAAAAAUACAGUACGUCAGUCAUCAUAGACAUCACCAUUUACUUGACCCAGGAAUAUUUUGGGAAGAUCGAAGAUAUUUAUAAGGAUUUAUCUCAAGCGCCGCAAGAUACGAAAGUCAAAAAUGAAUUCUCAUUCGAAAUCGAUAAAAAUUCUGGAUUCACGACCGAUCAAAGUGCAAGCGACAACAUUGUCAUCAGCUCAACCAUGAGAAUAAUUUCGAUUAGCGAUGACCCAGCUCCUUUGAAAUAUGAAGAUUAUUUAGCAAAAUCCUCUGAUUGGCGAGAAAAACUCAUCGAAAAUUUUCUUAAAGGAGUGAGUUCUCUCGUAGGAAAUUACUUGAAAAAUGUUCUCACAGCUAGAAUUUCGAUUGACAUAGAAAACAUCACAGACCCGUCUCUUCAUGAUUCCACUUGGAAAGAUGGGAUUUUAAUCUCUUACACCAUCGAUAUUCCAAAAAAGGAUUUGAAAUCUGUCGAUUUUGACGAGGCAAGUUUCCUGAGAGAUUUAAAGGAAAAAUUAUCAGUGAAAAACGGAAUAUUGCCCGAUACCAAAAUCAGAGUUGACAUCUAUACAUUAGGAUGUUGCAAGAGUGGAUUUCUGUACCAAAAUAUAAGAUUUCAAGAUUCAGUUAAAUCGGUCGUGGUUAACGUGGAUGCUAAUUUGACUCUGUUCAAAUCUGAACCUAAGAUCUAUCGAAUAAAUUAUCAGUACAACACAGAAAAGAUCAAGAAAAGCGAGAAAAAUAUAUAUUCCAAGGCUCAUAUCAACAAAAUCCAUGAAAGGAUUUACGAGAUUCUCAACCAGACCCUAAAAGAUUCGCCGCCCAUUCCUGAACUUUCAAAAUAUUUGACCUUCAAUUUUACCAUAGACCUUUCCCUAGCCCUGAAUUUUGGUCCGGAGUCUUAUCGAUUUGACAGUAAACGGAAGUUGGGAGGUAGCCAUUUUGUUACGGUGGAUAAAAACGCAAAAUCAGGGGCUUUCUUGUAUUUGACGAAGGGGGGCGAAAGCGAUGAUAAUACAGCGAAUCCAAGGUUCAAUAUGGUUGUCAAACUAAGAGUCAAAGACCAGUUAUUGGACAACGAUUUUGAAAUUGUCAAGAAAACUUUCUUGGAAAAGAUAGAACAAAUAACCCACGAAUCUGGUUUGAGUCGGUUAGUGAACGCGAAUGAAUUACUCGCGGUUUUCGAGUACGAUGACGAUCAGGACCCUACCGAUGCGCAACCGAAGACAUCGAGUAAGCGAGGCAGGAAGUUGGUAGGAAUCUACAGCGUGGUAUUGAAGAGGGACUAUAUUUCGAAGGAUAGGCAACCCAUCACUAUCCUGAAGCGGUUAAUAACCGAUGUUAAGAAACAUUUCACUCGGAAUGAGGAUUCAAAAGAUGGUGAGUCCCUAUUGCAAGGAGUGGAUAUUACUUUGCCAGGGGUGAAUUUAGAUAUAGAAGAAUCGAAUGACAAGUCCAUCAUUAAAAGUGAAUUCGGUGGGAAGGGUCUCGUUAUGGAUACCUAUAAAUUCGAAGGCAGAAGUUUCGAGAAUGCCAAUGAAAAGGAUACAGACUUUGAAUCGCGAUAA